AUUAAUUCUCUCACUCUCGUUCAGACCAAACACUUUCUUACACACCAACUAAAAGGCAAAACUCUCAAAAUCUCUGUCUCUCUCUAAUCAAUGGCUUGCUCAAGCUCUGCUUUGAAGACCAUCUCUCCCCCUAUCAAGCUAGCCAAUCCAAGAUCACACCCCACCUCUUCACUCACCAAUAACUCACUCCUAUCAUUCAAGCUCUCAAACACAUCUCUCACCCAAACCCCUAAAUUCCAGUCAAUCUCACCCCAAACCCCCAGCUUUUCACUGCCCAAAAGAUCAUUCACUUGCAAAAGCCAGGCCAACCCAUCAGACUCCACAAGACCUACCAACGUUCAGGAAUUGCACGUGUAUGAGAUCAACGAGCGAGAUCGUGGAAGCCCUGCCUACCUCAGAUUGAGCCAGAAAUCUGUCAAUUCUCUUGGAGAUCUCGUUCCUUUAAGCAACAAAUUGUAUACCGGAGACUUGGAGAAACGGUUGGGGAUCACAGCAGGAAUAUGCAUUUUGAUCGAGAACAAACCGGAAAAGAAAGGUGACCGGUACGAGGCUAUAUACAGCUUUUACUUCGGAGACUACGGUCACAUAGCGGUGCAGGGAGCGUAUCUGACAUACGAUGAGGACACGUACUUGUCAGUGACUGGUGGGUCUGGAAUCUUUGAGGGUGUAUAUGGGCAGGUGAAGCUGCACCAGAUUGUGUUCCCAAUCAAGAUCUUCUACACGUUUUACUUGAAGGGCAUCAAGGACUUGCCAAAGGAUCUUCUAUGCAAGCCCGUGGAGCCCACUCCUUAUGUGGAGCCCACCCCAGCGGCAAAGGCUUGUGAGCCCCACGCAGCCAUUCCUAAUUUCACAAACUAAUAGUAAUUUUCAUAUAAAUUAUUUUACUAUUUAGUUUAUUUUUUUACUAUUUAU